UCGCACGAUAUAUAUACAGAACGAACACAAGCUAAGAUAAAGUAGCUAGCUCCCGAUCAUCACGAAAAUUCAACAAAAUGGAAGACUCCAUCGUCAUGCCGGGUUCCGCCGCCGCCGCAGCACCACCACCAGCUGAGCGCCCAUGCAAUGGCGCGGCGGACCAAGGCCAGCAGCAGCUGCAGGUCGAGGAGCAGCCUGGAGACGACGUCGAAGCAGGACUACGGCAAGCCCCUGGCGGUGACGUUUUGAUUCCCAGAGGCCAAGCAGGGGUCGAAACGGAAAUUCAGAAUGCAGGAGAAGAGGACCUGGAGACGCUCCUGCACGUAGCAGUGAGGAAACGUAAUGACAAUCCUGCAGAGUUUGAAAUUUUGCGUAGAUUUGCAAAAAGCCCGGACAUCAACGGCAUGACUCCGCUAUAUCUAGCUAUCUUCUUGGGAUACGGCGACAUGGCUGAACUGCUGAUUAGAACCUUUGGUAGGGAUCUGUCAUAUGAUGGACCAAAUGGACAAAAUGUGCUACACGUCGCAGCUCUUCGAAGUAGAGAUGUUACCCAAAAGAUUCUAGAGGCGCAAAAAGUUCUUCUGAGUAGUAAUGAAGUCAGUUGGGAGGAUCUGAGGAAUGUAGCUGAUGCCUCUGGAAGUACACCUCUUCACUUUGCAGCAUCAGUUGGAGUGAAGGGCGUAACAAGCCUUCUGGUCGAUGGUGACACAACUGGCAUGAGGAAGAAGGCGGUAGACAGCAAUGGGAUGUGCCCCAUACACAUAGCUGCUUCUGUUGGAGCAAUGGACGCAGUACACGCUUUGGUCGGUGAAGAAGACACACAUGCGGCCCUGCGUGAGAAUCGUAUGGGUAGGACGUUUCUUCAUAUCGCCGUUGAGAACAAGAAGACAGACGUAGUCAAGUUGGUAUGUAGAAAAUCGCGCCCAGCGUUCAGGAACAUUCUUAAUAUGAAGGACAAGGACGGAAAUACUGCAUUGCACCUGGCCGUGCAGAACAGGGACGAGUCUAGUUUCAGCCAUCUCGUUGGGAACAGGUAUGUGGAUCUCAACCAUGUCAACAAGGAUGGCUACACACCACUCGACCUUGCGAGCAAGAUAAAGAUAGAAAACAGUUUCGCCUCUCCCAAGAACCCAACGGAAUGGAUGGUCAGAGUAUUGGCUCACUCUGGAGCUUAUUUCGGCGCCCACAGACGUGACAUGAAAUAUGGAACAAUAACGCAAAAGGACCAACGAGCAGAUCACACAGCUCCGUCGACUGAAACAAGAACGCAAAAGAAGAAGAAAAAGAAGCAAGCAGCAGAGCUGGACGAAAGCGUCCUGGUUGCGUCGGCGCUGAUUGCGACGGUGACCUUCGCCGCGGCGUUCACCAUGCCGGGGUCGUACAAGACGGAAGGCCACCGGGCAGGCACGCCGGCGCUGGCCAGCCGCUACGGCUUCAAGGUCUUCGUCAUCGCCGACAUCCUGGCCUUCUACUGCUCCGUGGCGGCCACGUUCAGCCUCGCCGAGUACGGCAACCGGGGCGACGUGGACCCGCUCGUCCGCCGCGUCUACGCGCAGCGCGCCGUGCGCUUCUUCCACGUCGCCCUCAAGAGCGUCAUCAUCGCCUUCGCGCUGGGAGUCGGCGUGGUGAUGUGGGACGUCUCUGUGGUCACCGUCGUCAUCGUCGCCGUCGCCACCUCGGCCUUGGUGCUCUACGGGAACGAAGCGCUCGCCCACGACCUCAGGUUCAUGCUGGUGAUGUAUCGAAGGUUUGGCUUCUCGCGUGCUUGGGGACUCUGCCCGUCCACGAGCUCUCAUCUCCACUGGAACAGCUGGAGGCUCAGGAGCUUCUUCGCGACGCUUGCCUGGAACAUAGCCAAGCUUUUCGGGACCUAUAUCUUAAUAUUUCUGGUUGCUUACAUUGCCCAACUCAAGCAGAAAUCUGGCAUUUAAUUAAUAUCCAAACACGUCUGCAUGUGUCGUCCCUAUGACAUUAUAUAUUGUGCAUGUGUCGUCGCUUUAAUAUUUGCUUGUCUUGGAUCAAGACAAGCAAAUGAAACAAGCAACUCAGAUGGUACGUGCCUCAUUGAAGCGAUGAUCCAUCUCCAUGAUUAUAGUAUCAAGUGCAGCAAGGAAAGUAGCAACAUGGUAUGCUCUUGAGUGAUAAGUUGCCAUCAAGUCUUGAUCUGCCCCAUCUUGGUAUUGCCUCUUUCAUAUUUGGUAUUGGAAUUUCUUUUGCAACACAAAAUGAUUUGACCUCUUUCAAUAAUUGCUCCCAGCCUUCAUUAAUUUCUUAAACUGGUGUGCUUUCACAUCAACAAGCAAUGACAUAGACUCAACAAUGUUUUGGUCUUUUCUUUGAAAAAGAAGAGACAGCUCAUUUGUAAUAUGGAACACUUUCAACAUCAACUUCAUAUUUAAAACAAAGGAAAAGCUUUC